ACCAGUCUGUUAAACGACUUCCCCAGCGGGGCUAGCUGGCUAACGCUACUGUCCAGUUCCGUCUGAGGUGUUAGACACGGAUAACCAAAUGUAUUUACAGGAAUAUGUCUCUCUAAGAGGACACGGCGUCACAGGAGACAGUUUCGGGAAGUGACCGAGUUUGUGUCGUCGCUGAAAAGCAUCGCGUGUCCUCUGAAAAUGUAGCUGCUUUUCCUUCUUGUGCCAAAUUGCGGUAACAAGAGAUGCUAUUGACUGUAUCACAGUGUACUCGGAUACCCUCUGUGCCACUGUACGUCCAAAUAUGAUGCCUGCCUGAGAGGACACAAUGGACAAUGGCAAACCGAGCCGUGUAUGUCGGCCCCAGCGGAUCAGUGAAUCAUCCAAGGUGUUUCGCUGGGUGGAUCAGGCUGUGGAGGUGUUGCAGGGCCUCAACGAGCAGCGGCAGCAAAGCCAGUUUUGUGAUGUGGUGCUGGUGGCUGACAACCAGCGGGUCCCUGCUCACCGAGCCCUGCUGGCUGUCUCCAGCCCAUACUUCCACGCUAUGUUCACCCUGGGCAUGAGGGAGGAACGCCAGCAGGAGGUGGAGCUGGUUGGGAUGUCCUCGAUCGGUCUUAAUGCUGUAGUGGACUUCCUGUACAGCGGUGAGCUACCAUUGGAUGGAGGAAACAUUGACUAUGUGCUGGAAGCUGCCCACCUUCUGCAGGUGUGGCGAGUGGUGGAUUUCUGCUGCCAGUACCUGGAGAGGGAGGUGAGUGAGGACAACUACCUGUACCUGCAGGAGCUGGCUCUGCUCUACAGUCUGGAGCGACUCGACGCCUUCAUUGACCAUUUUAUCCUCACACACUUUGCCACGCUCUCUUUCACCCCAGAUUUCCUUCAUGACAUUCCUUUACAUAAGCUCAUGUCCUACCUCUCCAGUGGCCAGGUUCAGCAUGACGGCGAGCAGGCACUUCUACAAGCCACCCUGCAGUGGCUCAGCCACACUCCUGAGCGCACCGCACACGCCAGACAGCUCCUCUCCCACAUCCGCUUCCCUCUGAUGCCAGUGGAGGACCUAGUAGACCGAGUGCUGCCAGCUGUGCAGGCCCUGCUGCCGGAGGAGGUGGGCUGCGAGGCCCUGGUGGAGGAAGCUCUGGGGUACCACGCCAGGCCCAGCGCCCAGCCUCUCCUGCAAACAGGCCGCACCACGCUGAGGGGAGGUGUAGAGCGGCUGCUGCUGAUUGGAGGAGAGGUGUCAGAGCGUGGAGAAGAACUGAGCGCUAAUGUUUGCCGGCUGGAUGGUGAAACGGGAAGCUGGGAGGUGGAAACGGAGCUUCCGGCACAGAGGAGCCACCACUGCCUGGCGGUGCUGGGGGGCUUCAUCUUUGCUGCAGGUGGCAGCUCAUCCAGGGACAACGGUGGAGACGCUGCUUGUAACCUGCUGUACAGAUACGACCCCCGCCACAACCAAUGGACCAGGGGUGCUCCAAUGAAAGAGCGGCGAGUGGACUUUUACCUGGGGGCAGUUGGAGAGUGCCUGAUUGCAGUGGGUGGGAGGAAUGACACCGGAGCUUUGUCCUCUGUGGAAGUUUACUGUCCUGCUGAGGACUGCUGGUCCUACGUGGCAGCACUUCCCAGGUUUACUUACGGCCAUGCUGGGACGGUCCACCGUGGUGUCGUCUACAUCUCAGGUGGUCACGACUAUCAAAUCGGCCCAUACCGCCGAGAUGUCCUGAGUUAUGAUCCGUCACGGGACGGUGAAGUGUGGGUGGAACGCCAGGCCAUGUCUCUGGCCCGGGGCUGGCACUGCAUGGCCUCCCUUAACCACCUCAUCUAUGCCAUCGGAGGCAGCGAUGACCACGAAGACACCACAGAGCGCUUCGACAUCCUGCAGGUGGAAUCUUAUGACCCGCGCAGUGGCCAGUGGACUCGGGUGGCACAGCUGCUGCUGCCCAACAGCGAGGCGGGGCUCGCAGUCUGGGCAGGGAGGAUUUACGUUCUUGGGGGCUACAGCUGGGAGAGUAUGGCGUUCUCCAGAGCCACUCAGGUCUACGACCCUGACAAGGGCUCAUGGUCCAGAGGGCCCGAUCUGCCGAAAUGCAUAGCGGGGGCCUCAGCAUGUGUGUGCACUGUGAAGCCCUCACCAUCAUCAGAGAGUUCAGAGAAGAAGAUGGACAAGGGGAUAAAAGGAAGGUAACAUCCAAUAUAACAGCAGUGAUGAAGGACUAUUUCUGUCCAAAAAUACAAGACAGAGUUUGAGGCAUACUUCUGAUGCAAAAUCUUUCAUAGAGGCUAAAUAUGUUGUCGUGUCUCCCACACAACACGUGUUUUAUUCCCAUGUCUUCUACAUUAAUGCUGAGGAUGCUGAGUUUUUGCUGGGGACAUGCAGCUUUAUAAGCUUCUUUUUUCUAAACAAGUCAGCUGGAAGCAUCAAAAAGUCAGCAGGACACGGUUUUCAUCUUACUGAUGUAGCAAAAAUUUGCUGAAUUGGCUAGGUAGUUACAGCUGAUAAAAUUGGCCAAUGACAGAUAUUACUACAGCCAAAACAGCAAACCAACAAGACACAACUAGCUGCCUUUUCACCUGCUUUUGUCCUUAGACUAGUGCAGAAACUACAGCACUGAUAGGUGAGGGGAAUAGGGAAUAAAUUAUUUCUUCUUCUUUAAUUUGUAAAGCAUCCCCUAUAAGACCUACAGCUGAGUAACAUACAUGAGCAUUAGACCAGUAAUGGUCCCU